CUCCCCAGAAAGCAUAUUCAAUCUCUCUCAAUAUCUCCCACACUAUGGACUCAGUAGUAGAUGUCCUGAUUGCCGGUGGAGGUCCAGCCGGUCUCACCGCAGCCCUCACGCUGGCCCGCCAACUCCAUACAGCCGUCCUCUUCGACAACCAAAGCUAUCGCAAUGCGAACGUCUCCCACAUGCACAUGAUCCCAACCUGGGACCACAGAAAUCCAGCUGAAUUCCGCGCCGAAGCUCGCGACGAAGUUCUGAACCACUACAACACUAUUAAGAUCGAGGACGUGGACCUCAAAACGGCGGAGAAGACAAGCGACGGACUUUUCCAACUCGUCGAUGCCAAUGACAAGGUCUGGAAAGGUAGAAAGCUGAUUAUUACCACCGGCUCAGAGAAUGUCUUCCCUGACAUUCCCGGAUACGAAGCAGCGUGGGGUCAGAGAAUUUACCACUGCCUCUUCUGCAAAGGGUACGAAGACCGCAACACGGACAGUGCCGGCGUCCUCGCCAUCCAAUCCGCCGGCAAUGUACCCAUGGCAAUGCAUCAGACUGAAUCGGCCGCCCAGCUCGCGCGAAAGGUGACCAUCUACACCCAUGGAGCAGAGGAACUCGGGGCGCAGAUUCUAUCGACCCUAACCGACAAGGACAAGACCCGCAUCACGGUCAACAACACUCCGAUUAAGAAGCUCACUCAUACCAGCUCCUCUGUUCACCUAGAGCUUGCGGACGGCACGACCAAGGAAGAGACCUUCCUGGUCCAUAGCCCCAAUACCACUGUCAAGGGCCCGCUUGCAAGUCAGCUUGGUCUGGAGCUUACCCCCAUGGGCGACAUCAAUGCCGCACCACCUAUGCACCAGACCAGCGUGCGCGGAGUCUUUGCAGCAGGGGACUGCAUCACUCCGUACAAGGUUAUCGCGGGCGCGAUUUCGAGCGGCUGUAAUGCGGCAGUAGCUGCUUCGGCACAGUUAUUGGCGGAGAAGCAUGGCCAUCAGCCGCUGUUUUAAUUGCCAUGUAAUGAGUCUUGAGGAAAGGUAUUCAUUGCGAACAAUACCCAUUAUGAUGAACCCCAUUUCCAGUGAAGCGGUUUCUUUACGUCAAGGGUUAGCAUAUCUUUCCAAUCCAUGCCUCUGUCGCAUCGUCGUCAGGAUACUACUGUGUAUGUUCAUCGCGGGCGACGAACAGCCUGGUGGGCGG